AUGAAAUGUGUGGUCUUCGUUCACGGUACACCUUGGUCAUCAGUGGUUCCCCAGCCUAUCGCCGAAGCCCUCUUCGCAAAGAGGACGUAUCAAAUCCUUGUCUACGACCAGCCAGGCUACGAACAAUCGCAGGAUUUCGAUCCAAGUAGCAGUACCACUACUUCUACUUCUACUUCUACUUCGGAAGAAAGAUUCCCAGGAGACACGUCUGUUAAGUUCCAAGUUCUAGCUCUGACCGAUCUGCUCAAACAUGUACAGAUGGACGGUCAGUUCGAUACCAUUAUGCUGCUUGAUGCGAAUACUGUGUUACCUUGGGGAGACGGGUUCUGCAAGCUCGUUCGAGCUGAACUGCAGACAUUCGUGAACCUCCCACAGAAUAUCUUGAAGCUGUCAUGGGCUGGAGCAGGAGAACGGCAGCGGGGUUUCGUCCGUCCGAUUGCACAAGCGGAUGAAGAUAUGGCGGAGAUGCUGGCAGGGGUUUUGUACGAGCGUGUACGAUGUGAAGAUCGUAUGGGGAGAAAGGGUAGAUUAAAGGAGUCUGUCUUCAUUCCCGAAGCCAGUCAUCUAGUUAUGCUGGAUCAGCCUGGGAGGUUCACUAUCGAGGUAUUUGACUGCCUGCCUCGAUUUGGAUCGCCUCGAAGCCUCUUGGUUUCUUGA